GGCUGAGUCGGCCACACAGUCCCUCUGCCUCCCUGCAAGAGCUGCUGUUGCCGCUGCCUUUCCUUUGAGGGCCGCUGCCUUGUAAAGCCAAUACGAUGUGUAACCGAUUUGUGGGAACCUGGAAGCUCGUCUCCAGCGAAAAUUUUGAUGAUUAUAUGAAAGAAUUGGGAGUGGGCUUAGCUGCCAGGAAACUAGGUGGCCUGGCAAAGCCCGAUGUUAUCAUCAGUAUGAAAGGGGACAUAGUAACUAUCAGAACUGAAAGCACCUUCAAAAACACAGAGAUCUCCUUCAAACUGGGCCAGCAGUUUGAUGAAACGACAGCAGAUGACCGGAAAGUCAAGAGUGUUGUAACCCUCGAGAAAGGGUCAUUGGUGCAAGUGCAAAAGUGGAAUGGCAAAGAGACCACAAUAAGGAGAAGACUGGUUGAUGGGAAAAUGGUGGUGGAAUGUGCCAUGAAAGGAGUUGUCUGCACUAGAAUCUAUGAGAGAGUGUGAAGAAAUUCCUCCACUGCACCAGACUGGAACUGGCUCUUAAAACUCAGCUUAGUUCAGUGACCAAAGCUUCAUGCUUCUUUAUUUUCUUAUUUCCUUUUAUUGGGAAAAAGACUACAUUAUAAUUUGAUAUUUCAGAGCCAUAGUGUAACUAAUCCAAAGUAUUGUGGUGAUUCAAUAAACGCUUCUCAACAUAUAAAAUAGUA